UCUCUGCUCCUGUCACUCAGAGUGUCCCCCUGGGAUGACUCUGACCCUGUAGCGCCCGGGGCCCCGCGCGGCGCGGCGGCGGGAGAGGACCGACCUGGCGAGCCUCCCGGCCGCCUGGCUGCGGCGGCGCGGUGUUCGCCCAGAAAAGCGAAAGAAGACAUCGCGGAAGUGACGUCGCGGUCAAAACAAGCCGGGGCUGGCGGGCCUGGAGGGAACCUGUGGCCGCAGAUGGGAAGGCGCCCGCUCGCUGUGGGCUGUCGAAGGUGGUCGCGAGGCCCUGCGCUCCCAGCCCGCGGGCCCCGGGCCCGCGUCCCCCGGACCCGCCCGCCGCGGGUUUUUUUAUACCCAGAUUUCAAGAAUACACUGGAUGACACUCUUUAAAAACCAAGAGAAAUUGUGAAGAAAUGUUUUAAUUAUUGAAACUACAGUUGAAAUCAUGGCCACAUCAGCAAAUCUGGAUGUUGGAGCCCAGCUGAUGGUGGAAGAGUGUCCCAGCAGUUACAGCCUCGCUGGCAUGCCAGACAUUAAAAUAGAACAUCAGCUGGACUCCAGUGCACAAGAAGCAUCCGCUCAGGGCGUUGCCAUGGGGAUGAAAUUCAUAUUGCCUAACCGAUUUGAUAUGAACGUGUGUUCUCGAUUUGUGAAGUCCUUAAAUGAAGAGGAUAGUAAAAAUAUUCAAGAUCAGGUUAACUCGGACCUGGAGGUGGCAUCUGUCCUAUUUAAAGCUGAAUGCAAUAUCCAUACAUCUCCUUCCCCGGGAAUCCAAGUAAGGCAUGUCUACACUCCCUCUACAACAAAGCACUUCUCACCCAUAAAACAGUCAACCACCUUAACCAACAAGCACAGAGGAAAUGAGGUCUCAACCACACCUCUGUUAGCAAAUUCUUUAUCUGUUCACCAGUUAGCUGCUCAGGGAGAGAUGCUCAUCCUGGCUACUCGUAUUGAACAAGAAAAUGUUAUCAAUCACACGGAUGAAGAAGGAUUUACUCCUCUGAUGUGGGCUGCAGCACACGGGCAAAUAGCUGUGGUAGAGUUUCUACUUCAGAAUGGUGCUGAUCCCCAGCUUUUAGGAAAAGGUCGCGAAAGUGCACUGUCUCUGGCGUGCAGUAAAGGCUACACAGAUAUUGUCAAAAUGCUGCUUGAGUGUGGAGUUGAUGUAAAUGAAUACGAUUGGAAUGGAGGCACACCUUUGCUUUAUGCUGUACAUGGAAAUCAUGUGAAAUGUGUAAAAAUGCUCUUAGAAAAUGGAGCUGACCCAACAAUAGAAACCGACUCUGGAUAUAAUUCUAUGGACUUGGCUGUAGCCCUGGGGUAUAGAAGUGUUCAACAGGUUAUUGAGUCACAUCUGCUGAAGCUGCUUCAAAACAUCAAGGAGUAGACACAGUCGUCAGAAAGUAUUGUGUGCCCUUCCAUUUACUUUUUGGCCCUUAUAAAUGAUAGUUUUGUUUACUUAUAAGUUUUUACCUCAGCUGCAAUAUUUACUGAUUUCUACUAAGUUUUAAUAAAUAUUCUUCUGAGUAAUUCACUGGUUUAUAAUAAAAUUAAUGUUAAUGCUUUUUAUAAAUGUUUUAUGGCAUAUUUAAAAUUAUAAAUUAAUGUUUUGUGGCAUGUAAAUUUUUAUGGUACAGAUAGUUAUGUCUUUGGUCAAGUGCUGUAAUUUAACAUUUUCAGAAAUUAUUCUACCAUAUUCAUCUGUACUCUUGUAUUAACUCAUUGAAUUUAUAUAGAGUUUGCUAUAAAUCCAUGGGAAAAAACAUUAUUAUUGAAUUAAAAGUGCACAGUGUGAUUGUUUACAAGAUGUUGUAAGUAAAUAAAGUACAUUUUCUGUUA